GAAAUCCGCUUGGUACUUUCAUUCUACUUGUAUUUUGAGAUCUUAAACAUGCCAGAGCCAGCGAAGUCCGCGCCCGCCCCGAAGAAGGGCUCGAAGAAGGCAGUGACCAAGGCGCAGAAGAAGGACGGCAAGAAGCGCAAGCGCAGCCGCAAGGAGAGCUACUCCGUCUACGUGUACAAGGUGCUCAAGCAGGUCCACCCCGACACCGGCAUCUCGUCCAAGGCCAUGGGCAUCAUGAACUCCUUCGUCAACGACAUCUUCGAGCGCAUCGCCGGCGAGGCGUCGCGCCUGGCGCAUUACAACAAGCGCUCGACCAUCACGUCGCGGGAGAUCCAGACGGCCGUGCGGCUGCUGCUGCCCGGGGAGCUGGCCAAGCACGCCGUGUCCGAGGGCACCAAGGCCGUCACCAAGUAUACCAGCUCCAAGUGAAUUUGGCAAAGUCAAGUACAAUGAUGAAGAUUGGAUGAAUCACAGACGUGAAUCAAUGAGUCUCUUUUUGCCAAGAGGGGCAAAUAGCCUUUAGACUUAUCUUUUCUACCACUUACCACUGCUGGACACUGUUUCAUCUCACAAAUCACCCAGUGAAAUAUGAUAGCUACUGGAAGAUCACCAGAAGCAUUAAAAGAAUCAAGAAAGACCAAUAAGCACCUGGCUAAAAUAUUGGGUUUUUUUCUGAGUAUAAAAAUAAUGUUAGUGGUAGAAAUUUUUGAAAAGAGAAACAUAAAAAGAAGAAAAUUAAAAUAACUCCUAGUGUCUCCUAUUGUUUUUAUACAGAUGUGAGGUAGCUACCCAUAAGAAUAUGAAUGUAUAUUAUAAUGUACAUAUAAUAAAUAAAUAUCAUGGUACAAAUAUGCAUAAAUAAAUUUUAGGUGACUAAAUGUGGUUAGAAACACAAUUUUUAUGGAUAUGUAUUUUAUGGUUGUAUCAUUACUUAUGUAAUUAGUUUUCUGUUUUUGACUAUUUUGAUUGACUCCCAUUUAUAUGCCAUGUAGAUCCUGCAAAUUGUAAAUUUUCUUGCAUUUUCUUUUAGGAGAAAGACUUGAUUUAACAACUGGCACAGGUCAUCUUUUAUUUGUUUUUAUGGUAUUUUUUCAGUUAUCUAAGGCAAAAUAUGAAUCAUGGUUCUUUAUCUGGGUUAUAAAUUAUAGUCUAGGAAUUUCCUAAACUCACCAGUUGUGUGUUAUUUUUAAAGCAAUAGAAUGCUAUAUACCCUGUCAACCUCUAAAUAUAAGGCUCAACCUGAUCUACUUUCUGACCCAUAAGCUAUUGAUAUUUAAGGACACAAAAGUUUGGAGAUCAUCAAAAGUCAGAGAAUCCAAACAGAUAUAUAAGAUUAGGGUGCUCAGAAAAAUGGACCUAUAAUCUUGUUAUGAUUUAUAUCUAAAAUGUGUCUUUUAAAUUCAGAACUUGGAUUUUGUAAAGUGAUUGGACCAUGGGAGCACUAAACUUACCAGUGAAUUAAUCCACCAAUGAGUUCCCAACUCAAAGCUUUAUUAGGAGUUGGGGUCUGGUUGCAAGGGAGAAGGUCACCAGGGACAUAAUCUGAAAAGAUGUAUCCUUGUCCUGGCUCCUUUCCUCUUUGUUUGUAUCCUCACCACCAUGGAUUGAGCAGCUUUCCUCUGCCAUGCCCUUCUACAUUGCUGUUUUUGCCUUGGAGCCAGUCAAUUAUGGACUGAACACUGAAUCCAUAAGCCAAAAUAAAUCUCUCUUCCAGUAAGUUGCUGGUGUCAGGUAUUUUAUCUCAGUGGUGGGAAAGAGACUAAUACAUUCCCUACAGAUAUACUCCAAAAUGAGGAUCACAGUCCAUUGGUGGGGUGCAAAAUCAUUCUCAUGAUGUGAAACAAGUAGUUUUUAAAAAAAUAAAAUUGAUUAAUGCAAGUGCUUAA